AUGUCAGGCAUCUCCCCACCAUCAGAAGACCGAAGCCGAAGCCGAGCAUCCGGGGAAUCCUCCUUUAGCGACCCAGAGCUUUUUAGCGGCCAGGCCUUGGUGCCAGCUGCGGCAACCAUUCUUAGGAUUAACCAACCUACCCCCGCACCACAAAGGAGUGAAGGGUAUAGCUCGUCCUCCGCGGCGUCUCCCCCACAAAGGGGUCCCGAACUUAGCGCAACACAAGCCACCUUUAUUGCAGGUGCCGCCGUGACACACGCCCACCACGCCUCCGGCGUUGCCUUGGGUGCUGCGUCCCUCGCGCACCAGGCUGCAGAAAGGGAACAGCAAACAGUUGCUCAAGCAAGGGAGGCUGUAAUGCAAGCAGGCUUCCAAGCUGCAGCGGCCGAGGCACAGUACCGCGACGAGGCCCAGUCGAUCGCACGAGCUGCGCAGGGUAUCGUGGAUGAUGCUAGGUUUCGAGAAGCCAGCCUUAGGCAAGAAGCCCAAUCUGCCAUUGACGCCACCAAUCGUGAGGCUCAACAACGGGUCUCGGUGAUUCAAGGUGAGGCCCAGCAAGCCAUAGCCCAAAGCAACCAUUCAGCCCAAGCUAGGAUUAGGUUAGUUGAGGGUGAGGCCCGGGGUUUAUCAGAAGCUCUUCGGCAAGCCACUUUGGCACGAGAGCAGGCUGAGGUUGAUAGGCAGGAAGCGGUUCAGCGUUUACAACAACGUGACGCUGAUAUCAUGAGGCUGGCCGGCGAGAUGGAGAUCAUGCAGCGACGCCACGAGGAGGCAAUGGCCGUUAUGGCCGAGCGGUACCGUGACCUUUCUGCUAAAUUCGUGGAGAGUAGCAACACGCAGGCCCCACGAACUCCAACUAGAGCCCGUCUUGCCUUUCCGGAGAUGUCUUUCUCCCCGGAUACGAGUCGAAAUGAUACGGUCCAACAACCCAACACCCCUGUAGUGGAGCCAGUGCUUGGAGAACAAGAGACCCUAGGCACCCCGCUCGUCGAACAGCCGACAGGCGAGAGCGAUGCACUCCAAGAGGGUGCAGCCGCCGGCGCACCAGGGGGGGAGGCCAGCACAGGACCUCCCGAAGAUCCACAGCCUACUUCAGUAGACCAAAGGGUUGAUGAAUUGGCUAAGUUGGUUUCCGAUCUAGCGAAGUUGGUUGCAGCUAACGCCGCUCACCCUGGGAACACCUCCGCGCCUUCGGGUGCGGCCCCAGGCGCACCAGCAGAAGCACAGCCCGAACAGUCACCACAGGUCCCGACCUUGUACCUAGGAGGCACUACACAAGCCAUGGCGCCCCCAGGUUCACCGGGAUCAGGCGGAUCAUCUAGCUCUUCGUCUUCAUCAGGUUCCUCAUCUAGGUCUGAGCACCCAGCUUGCAGGAUGUGUGGCUCCAAGAACCACGCUGAGGAGGACUGUCCCGAGCUCACCUGCAACAGAGGUGGGGGCAAGGAUCCGUCGCGUGAUGGUGACGGGGCUGCAGCUUCAAGCGCGGCAGCUCCAAAGACCAACGCCGAGCUCGAAGAGGAUACCAUUAGGGUGAAGUCCCUAUCCGAUCUAUCCUUCCCAAACCCGCCGCAAAACGCAGCACAAGCUAGAGGGUUUGUGAAUCAGACGUUGAUGGCCAUUGGAAAACUUCAGAAGACCCCAGGCGAUGAGGUUUACAUCUGGGCACAGGAAUGCCUUAAGAGGGAACCCGAUGCACUUCGAAAGGAUGGGCGCUUUCCUCGCCUUGACCGCGAGAUCGCCGCUAAGCUCAUCAAGGUGUGUCGUCACGGUCGCUUUGGGUUGCUUUUCCAGCAGAUGGUCGAGUCUGAGAGGCUCAAGUCGGGUGGCAUGCCCAAUGGUCGCUGCAUGUUGCGCGCCAUUUAUCGGCACUUCCAGCUGGAACGUGACCGCAUGGGAAUGUUAGCAGAACGCAACCUUCUGAACAUUAAGAUUGGAGGGGAUGGUAUCUCUCAUCUGGAGGCAUUUCGUGAUAAGUAUCACUACGUCGCCAAUACCAUUCCUGUGGAGGAUCUACCCAAGGACAGUACGAUCUUCAAUCAUCUGAUCGAUGAGUUCGAUAAGGUUUCUGUUCUUAAGCCUAAGGUAGAGAAGGCAAGGGAGGCGAAGCCAGGUUCCCACCGUCGCACCGCCGCAUGGUUGUGGAAUCGCGUGGACAUUGCAAUUGACUUACACCAACAGCGUGUAAAUCGACAGGAGUUCGAUAAGUCAUUGCAACAGAAGCCAGAAGCCCUGACUUCUACCUCGCAGCCUUCAAAGCCCAGUGUGCCAGCGACACCCGCUCCGGGUGCUGCCGCAGGCGCACCGAAGGGUGGAAACACCGACAAGCCGAAGAAGGAAAAGAAGCGGAAGAAGAGGAAAAAGAACAAGGACGAGGACGAACCCGAGGUUGAAGUUCCAGGUGCCCCUGCCCCGAAAGGCAAAGGCAAAGGUAAAGGCGACAAGGGCGGAAAGGGCAACGGCACACCGCGUACCCCGAAGGGUGGUGACACGACGCCUAGAUCUGCCCAGGCCAAGAGCGCCAGGAACAUGACCCCGGAGGAGAAGGCCAAGACGCCGUGUAUGUUUUGGGCGUUUGGGGCGUGCAAGGGUGAUCCCUGCCCGUUCCUUCACGACAGCAAAAACAAGUACACCGGUCCUAAGCCCAAGUCCCUCGCAAAACCAGACGCUAAGGCUAAGCCUAAGGCAAAGGCGAAGGCGAACGCCGCAACGGCUCCUUUAGUCAAUGCUCUCCCCGCCGAGCUGAACCAGGAUGGCAAGAUCACCUGGCUCUGGGAUACGGCAGCAGGUAGGCACUUGAUAGGUCGUCAGGCGCUUUCGUCCAAGGCCCUUUCCUGUGUCACUCGCUCCGAGACGCCUGUGGGUUUUGCCACUGGCGGCGGCGCGCGAGAAGGAACUCACAGCCUAGCGUUUGAAGGCAGUCGCUUGCUUCCUUCAGAAGAGCAGGUUUACGUGCUGAAGGAGUGCCCUCCAGCCUUUUCUGUAGGCAAGGCAGUCCUGGACGAGGGAUCACUUUUUGUGUGGGAUCCUCGCGAGCAUCGUCCAUACUUCGUGAAGAAGGAAGAUGUGCACCGCUGCAAGCUUCGAGUCCCGCGCAAAGCGAGGAUCAAUGCGACUAGGGUCGUAGAAUAUGUCCCUCAAUUCGAGGAGACAUUGCGCCCGGCAGUAAGAGAGCAGAGCUCAAGCCUGAGUCCCAUUACUGCCUCUGCUUCCCCAGCGCCAAGGGAUGAUGAUGCUGUUUCCUUCAGCGAUUUCGAGGUCGCCGAUCUUGAAGAAGCUGGAGCGAGCUAUCCUCGCACAACCUCUGGCGAUUACGAUUGGGAAGCAGAUGUCGUAGAGAAGCAUGCAGAGAAGAAGGCUGAAGCGAAACGGCUUUUUCGCGAAGGCGCUGUAGGUGAGACAGCUGCCGGUGAGAGCUCCGAAGAAGAACUCUUUCCUGAACUCUUCAAGGAGAAGUCUGCUAGCACACAGCCGCCUGCCAAAGGUACACCUGCAAAGGAGGCUGCCCCAGGCGCCUCUAGUUCGCGUGAGGGGGCUGCUCCAAGCGCCCCUUCCACAGAGCAACCACCGCUGGUGCCACCUCCUCCAGAGCCUCACUCUAAGACCGAAGAACUUAGAGCCGAAGCCACGUCUGAGAAACACCUUAGGACCCACUUUCCUAAGAAUCCCUUUUGCAAGAUCUGUCACAUCGCCAAGACCACCUCAAUGCGUGUGGCUCACAAGCCCGAUGCCAAGGCAGAUGACAUGAUUGAUGUUCCCACUGCACCGUUUCAACAGCUCGCCACUGAUGAUGUCAUCAUGGCCAAAGGGCUUUUCCUAGGGUGGCGGAUAGACGCUGGUAUGCGCUAUCGCAAUGUUGUUAAGGUUCUUGAUUACAAUGACUUUCGCGGCAAACGCAACACAUCUGUUCAUGAUGUCCCAGAACCUGAGCUGUACAUCGAAGACGGUCCGCCCAUCUUCCCUGUUGCAAACGCUACCCGUAAGGCGCUAGUCGACGGCUCCACUUUGAGUGCUGCCUCUGGCGCACUGCCCGAGAUCCCAUUGCGGGAGAUUCCCUUUGCUCUUGAAAGCAUCGGGCCGCCGGCGCCCAGAACACCUGGUAAGGCCACAAAGCACACCGACACUUGCAGAGCACGCUUUGCCGAGCUUGUUAAAGCAGACAAGGAAGAGCUUGGAGUACCACACGUACGCCUCGCCAAAGAGACCUUGGACGUUGAGAACGAGCUUGCUCGAGGAAAGGAUCUUGAACUCACUGGGUUGUACACGCAAGAGAUGUGUGAGCGCAUUGCCUUUGCCAUCAACCCCAGUAGGGCCUUUAUCUCGGUACCUGCGAUGCCGAUCUUACCCACUUCCACAACUUCAGAACACCGUGAAAAGGAGCAGGAACUGAAGCACGUUUCCGCACUCAGCGGAUACGAGGACCUAGCCGCAGUAAUAGAGUCUGACGAAGAAGCUUCUAAGCUCGUUGAGGAAGUCGUUGACCUCCAUGCCCUUAUGUGUGCAGUGCAUGGCAUACCUAAGGAAGCACCUUCCAAAGAGGUGUCCGCAAUGGUAACGAAACUUCUCUCUAGAGCGGAAAUGUUGUCUUCACCUGAGGCCCUUAAUGCGGUCAAGCAGGAAGCUGACGGUCUUCGCGCAGUCCCUGUGUGGGAUGAAACGAACCCACAAGAAUACGCUAGUGUCCAGGCGCAGGCACGCCGCACAGGCACUAAGGUACACUUCGGUAAGCUAAUGAGCAUUGCCUCCAUCAAGUUUUGGGAGCUUGCCAAGCACCUUCAGAAGGUUAAGGGCCGAAUCGUGUAUCGAGGUGACUGUGCCAAGGACGAAGAGGGCGCCGCAGCGGUUUACAGAGAGUUAGGUGCAAACCCCACCUCUGUUCAGGGACUUAAUGCCUGCUUAGCUUACGGUAGCUUGCCCGGUCAUCAGUCCAGUGCCGCAGACGCCGUCAAAGCGUACGUGCAAGCUCUUCUAAAAUCCAAGUACCAGACUUGGAUAGAGUUGCCGCCUGAACUCCGUCCUUCCUGGUGGCGUGAGUGUUUCGCUCGUCCAGUGGUGCUGCUCUUACGCGCACUAUACGGUCACCCGGAAGCAGGCGGACUUUGGGAGAAGCACCUUAAAGGGGUUUUAAGAAGCAUGGGUGGACAAGAACUGCCGGAAUAUCCGGGUAACUUUUGGUUCCCUGAGACUAAGCUCCUUCUUUCCACCUAUGUAGAUGAUCUUACCCUCUCUGGACCACAGGAGGAGCACCAACCGUUUUGGGAUGCUUUAUGUAAGGUUGUUGAUGUAGAACCCCCGGAGCCUGUGUAUAGGAUCUUAGGCCGCAACCAUUGCACUAUCAACGCCGAGCCCGAAGGCACCGAGAAUGCUGCCCUAGGCGCAUUAAAGGGUGCCAUGGCGUUUGAUAUGUUUGAUUACGCACAGCAGACAGUAGACCUAUACAAGGGCCUUACUGGCCUUAAGACUCUAAAGCAUGCUGCCACACCUUUCGCUCCUGAGGCUUCACUUCCAGUAAGUCAAGAGGAGAUUGCUGGGGAGCUGGCUCCUAACGCAUGUAAGGUGCUGAUGAAGGCCCUUUGGCUAGGCAGACUUGCACGUCCUGACUUAGUCAAGCCGAUAGGUGACCUAGCGACCAAGGUGCAAAAGUGGUCGAGGAACGACGAUAAGAAGCUUCUUCGCUUGAUAAGCUAUAUCGAUUCCACGAAGACCCACCGCCUUGUAGGCACUGUGUCGGACGGGCCAAGGGAGCUGCAUCUUGCGCUCUACGUCGAUGCUGACUUUGCGGGGGAAAGGGAUGAUGCCAAGUCCACUAGUGGAGGUUUCUUAGUCCUUAAAGGUCCCAACACCUUCUUUCCCUUAGCAUGGGUGUCAAAGCGCCAGACUUCUGUGAGCCGAAGCACCACAGAAUCUGAGAUUGUGUCUCUAGCUCAUAGUCUUUUCCAAGAAGCGCUUCCAGCUUUGCAGCUCUGGCAAACGAUCCUCGACUACCCCAUAAGGUUAGUCAUUCAUGAGGACAACCAGGCUACGAUCCUUGUUGCGAAGAAGGGCUAUUCGCCAAAGCUUAGGCACAUAGCGCGCACCCACAAGGUCAAUUUGGGUUCAAUCUCCGAGGUGAUUGAGGAGGAUGAUGUAGAUAUUGAGUAUGUCGAUACGAACUUGCAGGCCGCCGACAUCUUCACCAAAGCACUUCCACCACAAAAGUGGGACAAUGCAUUGAAGUUGUUGGGCAUGCGCCAGAAACUCCCUGAGGUUUUAGUGGACACGAGACAGCUCAAGACUAAAGCCGGUAGUGGCCCUACCACCUCUUCCACUUCGGGUUCUAGUCCCAAGUAG